UCUCGUAACGAAAGAAUUAUCAUUUUACAAUCGCUACUCAUUUCUGCGCAGUCCGAUUGCAAGAGUGAGGAUUGCAUCGAUAUGGAGUAUAACGAUCUCGACGGGGAGGAUAUCGAAACCGUGCUCGACAGUCAUAAUUUUUAUCGGGUCGCUAUAGCGAGCGGGAAGGAGAGCCGCGGAAACCCUGGGCCGCAGCCUGCCGCGAGGACCAUGAUGGAAUUGAUGUGGGACGACGAGCUCGCCGUUAUAGCGCGUAGAUGGGCGUUGCAGUGCAAGCUCUUCGAGAAGGAUCAGUGCCGAGACAUUGAACGAUUUGGAGUAUGGCAGAAUGUGAACGUACUCAACAUGGACAGCGUGGGAUAUGGUACGAGUAGAGAAAGAAUUCACUUUCAUAUUACGUCAUGGUACGACGAGGUGGAGGACUUCGACAACGCGGAAAUCGGACUAGUGAACUACUCUAGCGCGUGGCAACUCUCCUCUUAUAUUCCCCUCGCAUCGGCGACGUUCAUUUACGUUGGUUGCGGCCGCGCGAUUUACACGCUCGACUUGAACAAGACCGCGGCAACCGGCGGGUUUGGGAAUCGGGUCGAGGUACUCGUGUGUAAUUACGGACCUGUCGAUCGCACCGCGCCCCAGCAGCUCUACAAGCUCGGCCGACCUGGUCUAUGCCCAUCCGGGACCUUCCCCAGCGACCGUUACCAAUUCCUUUGUAAAUAUAAAAAGAAUGAUAGCUACUUUUUUGAACGAUCAACAUCGUUCUCAUCAUAUGGUAUAGCGAUUAUUCAUGCUUUUGUGAACAUCGAGGAUCUGACACAAGAAUGA